ACGUUGCAUGAAAAUGAAGGUUUCAAUGUCUAUAAUUCUCUCAGUAUUUUCAGCUCUUCUUUUGUCAGUAUCAUUGGCAACUUCUGAUUCAAGUCUUGAAAAAUUUCUACAAUGCCUUCCUAACAAUAGUCUUCCCUCUUACCCCAUCUCCGAAGCCAUCUAUACAACUGCGAAUUCCUCUUUCGAGUCUGUUCUGCAGACAUAUAUCAACAACAAAAGAUUUUUGACCCCAACAACACCGAAACCAAUUGCCAUCGUUACGGCCCUGCAUGAAUCCCAUGUCCAAGCAACAGUCAUUUGUGCAAAGGCUAGUGGGUUGCAGGUUAGAAUCCGGAGCGGUGGACAUGAUUACGAAGGUCUUUCUUACGUAUCCGAGGUCCCAUUCGUCAUCCUCGACAUGUUCAACCUCCGAUCCAUCGACGUAGAUAUCGCCAACGAAACGGCAUGGGUUCAAGCUGGGGCAACUCUUGGUGAAAUUUACUACAACAUUGCGAACAAUAGUAAUGUGCAUGCCUUUCCAGCUGGUGUUUGCCCUACUGUUGGUGCAGGUGGUCAUAUUAGCGGAGGAGGGUACGGGACUCUGAUGAGGAAAUAUGGUCUUUCCGUCGAUAAUAUAAUUGACGCGAAAGUAGUAGAUGUCAAUGGUAAUAUCCUCGAUCGGGAGACAAUGGGGGAAGAUCUGUUUUGGGCCAUCCGAGGAGGUGGUGGAGCAAGCUUUGCAGUGGUUCUUUCUUGGAAGAUGAAUCUGGUUCGAGUUCCGGAGAAAGUGACUGUUUUCAAGGUUGAUAGGACCUUGGAGGAAGGUGCAACUGAUAUUUUCUAUCAGUGGCAACAAGUUUCUACUGAGCUAGACAAAGACCUUUUCAUCCGAGCAAUGCCACAAGUUGCCAAUGGAAGCCAAGAGGGUACUAAGACAAUCAGCAUCUCUUUCUAUGCCCUCUUUCUAGGACAAAGUGAGGCCCUUCUUUCCAUGAUGAACAAGAGCUUCCCUAAAUUAGGUUUGCAGCAAAAAGACUGUAUUGAAAUGAGAUGGAUAGAGUCAACACUUUUCUGGUUUGAUUUGCCGAUUGGUACAUCCAUCGAUGUUUUACUCAAUAGGCCUCAAGGAGCGCAAAGCUUUUACAAGAACAAAUCUGAUUACGUGAACCAAAUUGUUCCAAAGGAAGCUUUGGAACGCAUAUGGAAAAUGAUGAUCAAGGCCGACCCAAUGUGGAUGCAAUGGAAUCCUUACGGAGGAAGAAUGAGUGAGAUUCCAGAUACCGCAACUCCAUUCCCUCACAGAGCCGGAUACCUAUUCAAACUCCAGUACUCCAUAAACUGGGAUGAAGAAGGGACUGAGGUCACUGAGCGCUAUAUAAGUUUGAUAAGAGAAAUGCAUGAUGCGAUGGCUCCAUACGUCACCAGUUACCCAAGGGAAGCAUUCCAAAACUAUAGAGAUCUUGAUAUCGGUAGCAAUCCGAGCAAUCAGACCGACUUCGAGAGAGCUAAAGUUUAUGGCCUCAAGUACUUCAAGGGUAACUUUCUAAGAUUGGUGAAAAUCAAGGGGAAGGUAGAUCCAGAUAAUUUCUUCAAGCAUGAACAAAGCAUUCCACCACGUUGGAUAUAGAAAAAGUCCGAAGAAAACAGGAGGAUGUCUAUACAAGUAGUAUAUAUUGUUUAAAGAUUGUUUAAUAAUGUGCACUGUGUGGUUUAUGUUUGUGCACAAUCUGUUGACUGAUGUAUUUGUUCCCCUAAUAAAACUGUAUUACACCGAUUUCUUUAA